AUGCACUUAGAAGUUACUGUUUUUCUCUUCUUAAUCCUUCCAGGUGCGCAUAAAGUGCACUGCACUGAAGAUUUGAUGCGUGUUGAAAUCGGUCUGCCAGACAUCAGUAGCAACAGCAAUAAUGAGAAGCCACAAAUAUACCUUGAGGGAUUGAAAGGUUAUCCAGACGAACGUUGUCAGCCCGAAAUAAACGGUUCAUUGGCAGAAUUUCGGCUUUCGUUAAGCGAUUUUUAUGAAUGUGGCGUAACGCGCAUGGUUAAUCAAUUAACGGGUAAAAAAGUUUACUACCACAAAAUUAUAAUUGAAACUGGUAACGGUAAGGAAAUCGUCAGUGUUAAAUGCAUUACCAGCGGUCCAACUUACAACGUACUACUGAACGCCACAACACGAGAACAGCCACGAAUCGUGCUGCAGCAGCAGCAGCAACAUCAUGGAAUCGUUAGAAGAGAUGUAUUGCCUGCUGGAUUUCAAGAGCCAGACGACUUAGAAAUCACCACUUCAUUAACGAAUCAUGCACCUGAGCCGCGGUUGGCUAUUGGAGUGAUACAGAAUGGAAAUAAAGUAAAUGGCGAUUUAACUAUAGUGCCCGGCACUCCUUUGACAAUGGAAAUUAACUUAGACCGUGAAUCAGCGCCAGUUUAUGGCUUAGGUGUUAAUUACUUGGAAGUAACUGACACUCGCUCCCUAUCAGAGACCAUAAUUUUUAAAGGCUGUACUGUAGAUCCUUAUCUCUUUGAAAACUUCAAUACAAUUGAUGGUGACGUUUUGAAUGCUAAAUUUAAAGCUUUCAAAUUUCCGGAUUCCUCAUAUGUACAAUUCCGUGCCACAGUGAAUGUAUGUUUGGAUAAAUGUUUGGGAACACAAUGUUCCAAUGGGCAAAUUGGUUAUGGCCGCAGAAGACGUGAUACUUCUGAAGCUCUGAGCGCCACAACGCUUAUGGACACAAAUAAAGUGUAUGAAAUCUCUUUGGCUACAUUUAUAAAAAUAAACGAUAUCGAAGGCGUUAACAGAAAUGAAGUACUCCAGUUGGAAGAGAAGUUACGUGAACUGAAAUUAGCAAAUCAGCGCUUAGCACGCAACAGUCGCGGCAAUUUCGUUGAAAGUUUUAAAGGCGUCGAGCAAGCACCAAUGUCAGUUCCUGCAUUCGUUGUUGAUGAAAAAGAAUUAAAUCCGGCAAAUACUGGAACACAAAUAAUGGGCUUCAAUGCCUACUUCGUCUUCAUACUGCCAGUUACCGUUUUACUUUGUAAACUGUUGUAAAUAUUUCUGAAUAAACAAAUUUUAUAUUCAGCUUAAACAUAUAAAGAUACUUACACUUUAAGGAAAACCCGUGUAAAUCUCAAUAAUAUUUGAAACAAUAAUUUUAUCAGGUUAUUUUAAGAGAUCUUAUUCAAAUCAGAUAUAUUCUUAAAAAUUAAAUAUAUAUACUAAAACUGCCAUUUUAA